GCUAGGGAUAGUAAAUAGCACACUAGCAACUAUAAUUAUCAUAAGCGUACGGAUUGCGCUAGCUGGUGCAUGAUGUCGUUAGCCGAAUAUAUUCAGCAGUCGAGCAAGGACGAGGAGUCAUUCAUUAUUUUGGGCACAUCACCGACGCCAUCGAUGGCAGAUUUUUCUAUACCGCCGGCAUCAGUAGUUGAACGAAACGUAUCAAAUGAGACCAUUCCGCCAGUGGUGCAGAUGCAAGCGUCCACCCAGCUGGAUUCCAUCGCAUACAGCCUUCUCGCGAACGGCGUUGCUAUGAAUGCAUCGAUGGCGCAGCAAACGCUGGCAGCGGAACCCGAUACCAAUGAAUCAUCACCCUCGCUGAUUGCGUCAACCAAAUCGACAGCAUCAAUGAAGCAACCAGGAUCGGAAAAAAUGCUGGGAAGCUUUGUAUCGAUCGGGGAGAACGAAAAUACACCAAUCGUGCCAAAUGGAGCCCAUCCCACUGAUAGCGUGCAGAAGCUGUCCGCUUCAUUUAUACUGGGCAACAUGGAAGAAUCGACGGAAUCGUUCGAUGGCGUUAUGCUGCUGCAAAAGCUCUCCAUGGAGCACAGCCAGAUGAAGGAGAGCCUGCAGCAGGCUAACGUGGCUAUGAGCAAGAAUUUCGCGUCCAUCCAACGGCUGCAGGACGAAACGAAGGCGCGCACCGCCGAGCUGGAUGCCCUCAUACAAGAGCAACGGCGUAAGCUCGAUGAACAAUCGGCGGAAAAUGGAAAACUCGUCGAGGAAAACAGUAAGCUCUCGGCGGCACUGAGUGCGGUUGAAGCCGCUGCAGCGGAAAAAGAGAAACAAAUGGAGAACGCCAACAAGGAGCUGCAGGCAGAGCUGGCCGAAAUUGGUCAGGUGCGUGAACUUGAGCGAAAAGGGGCACAGAGCGAAAUGGACGAGCUGCGGCAGUUGGCGUCGGAACGGCAAGCGGUCAUACAGAAUCUGGCAAAAAAUAUCGAACAUUUGGAGCUACAAAUCAAAGGUUUCGUGGUAGUUAACAGUAACAAACCGGACGGCCGCGAUGGAUCGGCAAACUUUGUUUCUGCCGAGGUUCAUCGGCAGGAAUUGAAGGCACUUGAGCGAAAAAUGUCUGUUGAGGUAGCUAAAAACUUGGAGUUUGAGGACAUGCGUAAAAUCUAUGUCGAUGAGAUCAAUUGUCUGAAAACAAACUUACAGGCUGCUGAAAAUGUGUUUGCAACGUCUAGGGUGGAGACACAGAAGUUAUUUGAGGAUGUGAAGGGACGGGAUGAUACCAUUCUGAAGCUCCGGGAAGAAAUUGUUGCGCUACACGAACGUAUACAGGUGCUGGCGGCACAGUCGGACAUUUUCGAGACAGAUUUUGAAGCAGAGCGUAAAGCUCGCCAGGAACUGGCAAGCGAGAAGAGCCGAAUUCUAACAGAAUUUGAAGUUCUGCAGCGCCGAAACACGGAGCUUUCUAGACAGGUUUCACAAUCUGAAACAGAACGUGAAGAAAUUGCUAAAAGAGCCGCAAAGAUGGUGCAGGAAGCAACAUCCAGCGAAGAAACGCCAGAGGCUUCUGGUUCCAGCGUUCAAUCUGAACCGAAGGAAACGUUAAGUUUACUCCGCUGUCCGCUUUGUCUGAAGGGAUACAAGGACUUUGGGUCAUUGCAGAGCCACGCAGCCGACUGUAUGGGCGUUGAAUAAGAUGAAUAUAUGUUUUUGAACUAUUCAAAUUCUAGUUGUAUGUAAAGUGUAGUACCACUGUUUCAAUCAA